AUGCUGAAAUUUCAAGAAACUGCUAAGCGUGUCACUAUUGCCGGAUUUAAUUCUGCUUGCUCAGAUGCUAUGAUUGCAAGAAGAUACACUAUUCAGAAGAAACUUGGCAAUGGAAGCUUUGGAAGCGUAUAUCUGGUUUCUGAUAGAAAAGCAAAACAAGGAGAAGAAUUAAAGGUUCUGAAGGAAAUCUCUGUUGGAGACCUAAAGCCUAAUGAAACAGUUGAAGCAAAUCUGGAAGCACAACUACUCUCCAAAUUAGACCAUCCAGCCAUUGUCAAAUUUUAUGCAAGCUUUGUGGAGCGAGAUAGUUUCUGCAUUAUCACUGAAUACUGCGAGGGUGGAGAUCUAGACUUCAAAAUUCAAGAGUACAAAGAAUCUGGGAAGAUAUUCACUCAAAAACAAAUAAUAGACUGGUUUAUACAGUUGUUACUCGGAGUCAACUAUAUGCAUGAAAGGUGGAUACUUCACAGAGAUUUGAAAGCCAAGAAUAUAUUUUUGAAAAAUAAUCUUCUUAAAAUUGGGGACUUCGGAGUUUCUUGUCUUUUGAUGGGUUCAUGUGAUCUGGCAACUACAUUUACUGGGACACCAUACUACAUGAGUCCAGAAGCACUGAAGCACCAGGGGUAUAACACAAAAUCAGACAUUUGGUCUCUGGGAUGCAUUUUAUAUGAGAUGUGCUGUAUGAGCCAUGCAUUUACUGGACACAAUUUUUUGUCUGUUGUAUUAAAAAUUGUAGAAGGAGAUACACCUUCCCUUCCUGACAGAUAUCCAAGGAAACUGAAUGCUGUGCUGUGCAGCAUGUUAAAUAAGAAUCCUUUAUUGAGACCAGCAGCAGCAGAGAUCCUAAAAAUCCCUUAUAUUGAUGAACAACUAAAGCAUAUACAGUACAAGUUCACAAACAUGACUGUGAAAGACAAGGCACUUAACAGACAGAAAGAAGCUGCUCCCGUUUUUGAUGCUGUGCAGAGGAAAGUUCAUUUGCAAACUCUGCAGGAGCUGUCUGAAGUACAGAAAAUGACACCACGGGAACGAAUGAGGCUGAGAAAGUUAAAUGCUGCAGAUGAGAAAGCAAAGAAGUUGAAACAGCUGGCAGAAGAAAAAUAUCAAGAAAACAUCAAACGAAUGCAAGAAUUUAGGUCCCGUAAUUUCCAGCAGCUGAGUGUUGAUAUCCUACAUGAAUCUGAUGAGACUUCAAAACCCCAAAUUCAUUCUCAGCCAGGCAGUACUACUGAUUGUGUGUCCAUUGGACAUGAUGAACCAAGUGAAAAUGAGGCAUCGAGUCAGCUCUGCAUGUCUGAACCUACAGACCAUGAGAUCCCUGAAGACCCAGAAAUUGCAGAAGAAUAUUAUAACGAUGAGUUUGAAUCCUAUUCAGAAGGCAGUGAAGAGGAGGAGAAUGCAAAAGCAUUGCAGACUAUCUCUAAGACAAAUCACCAGGACAGUGAUAUUGAGGCAAUGGUCAAGCAUUUGGAGAGUGUGCUGAAUAACAGCUCAUUGGGCUCGGGGACUGUCACCAGCGUGUCUCCAGGAGAGCCCCAGGGAUUCAGAGCUCUCAACUGCACUAUGGCUGAGACCAAACUGAAACGCAUGAGGGAGUCUGCCAUUGGGAAGCUGGGAGCAGAGGUAUUUGAGGCUGUGUACAGCUACCUGAAGCAAGCAAGACAGCAGAAUGCCAGUGAGGAGGAGAUCAGGAGAGACCUGGAGGAGCUGGUUUCUAGAGCAAGUGAUUGCUUUGAAGUGGAUCAGCUUCUGUACUUUGAGGAGCAGCUACAGGCUUCAGAAGCCCAUCUUCAGCCAUAA